UUAUUGCGCAAUAAAAUGGCGGAGGUGUUAGCACUUGUGGACGUGGACAGCGAGUCUGCCCCAGAGACGUGGCCUCUGCUUCUGGAGGCGGUCAGAAAUGCCCACUUCACUGCUCUGGAUCUGGAGUUGAGUGGUCUUGGUGACGUCAUUGGCCGUGGAAAAGGACACACAAUCCACACUCGGUACAGCGAUGCAUGCGAGGCGGUAAAAACCCGAGCGAUGCUGUCACUAGGUGUGGCUUGUUACCGGUGGAAACAGCCCUUGGAAAGCAGGGAGAGGGUCCAGAAUACUAACUCUCAAUAUGCCAACCAUACCGCUGAGCCUUUUGCAACCACCACUCGGUUAAUGAGAGAGUCUCAUACACCGACAGUAACAGAAACUGCUCUUGAAGGAAACGAUACUGCAGCAGUGCCACUAGAAAGAAGUGACACCCUGGAAGAAACUACACCUGAAAGAGAUGAUGCAUUGGUGUUAGAAGAAACUGCACCAGGUUUAGAAGAAUCCGCUCGGGAAAUAAAUGCUACGCUGGCAUUAGGGAAAGAGGCUGGACCGGGAAUAGCGGUGUUAGAAGAUUCGGCACACGGAGAAAAAGAUGUGGUGUCAGUAGGAGUGGAAGUAAAGGUGUUUAACGUGUGGCUGAUGUGUCAGAGACCGUAUACCAUUGACCCCUCCUCUGCCCACUUCCUCGUUCAACACGGAUUCGAUUUCAACAGGCAAUUUGCCAGGGGCAUCCCCUACACACCUGGUCCAAUGGAGGUGCAGCGGGACGAGAAGAGAGUGUGUCUGCACCAUCUGCUGGCCACCAUCCUAGCAGUCGGUAAACCACUGGUGGUCCACAACGGUUGGAUCGACCUUCUCUUUCUCUAUGGCAACCUAUACUCCCCUCUGCCCCCCUCGUUGGGGACGCUAAUGGCGGACUUCUCCGAGAUGUUUGUGGGCGGAGUCUACGACACCAAGGCCAUUGCUCAAUACCAAAUUCCACAAGAGGCAACAUUUCUUGAAUAUCUUUUCAGAAAAUGGUCAGCUACCACAAUAUGAAACUUUAUAAUAAUUAUAGUGGAUAUGUCCAUAUCUAAUGUCAUAGUGUGUAAUACGAUUGUGUGUGUGGACUACCCUCCAAGUGGACAGAAAAAAGUGUCCCGUGUUAGUUGUUUCAGGGAAAUAUAUAGUUUAUGAGAAACUGCAGAAGAGUUCCGAUGUAUAUAAAUGAACUGUGACAACGAAAAUAUCUUACUCCACAGUCAGAGAGAUAACGAGGUGCUAACGAGCAGGGGCUCCCCAAAUAUCAAACUCCACCAUCCCUCUCUGCCAUCCUCUGUUCAAAUGGAGUCAGUGGUCCUCUCUCCUCCCCCUUCCCCCUCUCUGGAAGAACUCGCUGACAUCACCGUCUGUGAAAACUUUUCCAGAUAUGGGUUCUGUCACAAGGCCAAUUGCCUUCACUCCCACAACGUACUGUCAGUGUUGGCUCAUCAUGAGCAUCAGCUCAGAAUCAGAGAGAUGAGGAGAAAGAGAAAGAGAAAGGACGAGAAAAGGCAGGCCGGUAUGUCAAAUGGAGAAGAGUGCGCCAGGUCUGCCAAACAGCACUGUAGCAGUGACUCCACCUCCACAGCCACACACCGUGCCGACUGAAAAACAGCAGAGUUUAUCUGAACAGUUUGCCGCAGAACUGGCAGCUGCUCGACAAAAACUGGAAACUUCGGCAGCUCAAACCCCCACGUCUCUGGACCACAUCAUGACAAACAAACCUUUCACCAAACUUCUAGUGCAGUUCCUACUAAACGCCAACACCACUAGUCCCCACUACCUCUCCUACUCCAACCAUGCCCCUAUAGUUGGCUCAGAGCUCCAAGAAUCUGCCAAAGACUCUAAAGAGAGCACCGAUCAGAGGCCGUCGUAUGGACACAGAGCCGGGUUCGAUGCUUUCAUGACUGGAUAUGUCUUUGCUCAUUUUGCCACGACGACUCAGACAAAUCGCAAGCAACUCUCGGCAGCCUCACAGAGUCCGGCAUUUGACGAGGCCAUGAUUGAGGGGUUGUCCUCCAUGAGAAACAGGCUGAGCAACAGAAACAGACCCGUCCCACUAAUCAUGGUCAAGAGCCAGUUUGACAAUACUUCGCCCAGUCACAGAGAAAACCUUGCCAAAAUUACACAACUUCGAGAGUUAUUAUUCAUCAAAGAAUCACCAUCACACAAUCAUAAUAUUAAUUGAAGCAAUAUUAUUAUUUUCCCUAUCUUUUUGUGUAUAAAUCUGGCAGUUUCUAUGAAUAGUAGUAUUGUUGGUCUCCUCCGCUGAACGUGUUUUGUCUCCCCCACCCUCCU